CAUCUGCAUCGGCAGGGUGUGCUGUCCCUGCACAAACCCUGGUCCCUCAACUUCACCGCCUGGUUUAUCAACAGCCUGGCCUUCUGUGUGGAGAAUCGAACAGAGCACCUGGCUCUGCGUUGGGGUGACUUCCGCCUGGGCAGGUGUCAGGAGACCAGCACGGAAUACCUCUGUUUCUACAAUCGCGUCAGUCAACAGGUCUACUUUCUGUGCGCGGAUCCCACACCGUCAAGUACUACUGAUGCUGCUACUGCUGCCGGUCCCGAAACCCUCUGCCCCUGUCCUGUGCAGCCAAGAUCGUUAGCGUGCAACAAAGCUAACGACAUCGACCUCUGCCAGGUGCCGGGACCCUGGUUCACAGAACACAGUUGGGGCAAGAACAAACUCGGCGGUCUGCUUGCUGAGGCUGCCAAAAUAGCCGGUCUGCCGGUAAUAUGGCUGCCAAAGCGGCGUUCCUAUAGGAAAGGGACCACCACCACCAGCGGUGGUGGUGGUGCUGUUUAUGCCUCUUUUUCAGCCCAGAAGCGUCCAGCCCCGACUCCACCCAGCCAGCCAAAACAGGCCCGGACAGGCCCGGAAAUCCUCCCGCCCUCCUCAAUGCAGUGGACGUCUCCCUAUUCCGUUGCCACCGUUGUCUCGCCGCCUUCCACCCUCGUGCCGCUGGACAUCGAUGCGGAUGGAGCUGAGGCUGAUGGUCAGAUGGUGGGGGAGUUUCCACCAGAACAAGUUGUUCCACAGGCGAAAGCCAACUUUCUACCAAAUUCACACAGGUCAGUGAGCAAGUCUGUCAAGGACCACAGUCACAAUCUCAUUCCCUACGCAAUCUAUCUUCCAACAUUCCCCUGGCUAGACGCUGUACUCUACAACAUUUACAGUCCAUUAACUUGUCAAGUUCUUGACUUCCUUCCUUCCUUCCUUCAGAUUUACUAUUUGUUCUUUAGAAUGUUUUUUCCAGAUGCAGUCAUACUUUACUCUGCUUCAGAACAUUUUUUAGCUAGUCAGGUGCGAUUUCUAACUCGAUGUCACUCUGAGACCUAG